AUGGUGAUGUCCAUGAGAAGACUUUUCGCGGCUUCGUUGGAGAGAAGAUGCGCGAGCACGUCGACGACGACACACAAAUCUUUCACGUCUCCUCCUCCUUCCUUUUUCCUUCGUCGUCGUCACCAUUCUCACAAACAACAACAUGAUCAGUAUCUUCGCAGAAUGAUGUAUUCAACGACUAGUGGUAGUGGUAGUAACAAUAACAACAGUCCAGUCGGUUGGAAGUCGUUGCUUUUGCUCGUCUUGACGGGUUCGGGAGUUUUGUUUUUCUUUGAAAACGAAAAGAAACGACGGAUGAAAUCCAUCGCAGAAAACCAAAAAGGCGUCGGGAAAGCGGCGGUGGGUGGGCCGUUUGAACUCAUCAACGCGGCGACGAACAAAAAGUUCACGGAUAAAGAUUUACUCGGAAACUUUUGUUUGAUUUACUUUGGGUUCACGACGUGUCCAGACAUAUGUCCAGACGAGCUGGAAAAAAUGUCCGAGGUGAUUGAUAUCGUCGAGAAGGAAACGGAGAAAAAAGAUAACAGUAGUAAUACCCCGUCGUCUGCAAAUAAAAUACCACCGCUCGUGCCGGUGUUCAUUUCCAUAGAUCCAGAGAGAGACACGACCAAAGUUGUCAAGGAAUACGUGAAAGAGUUUCAUCCGAAACUUAUCGGUUUAACCGGAUCGAAAGAGCAAUGCGCGAAAGCGGCGAGAGCGUAUCGCGUGUAUUAUCACAAGACGAACGAGUCAUCCAAAGAUUAUCUCGUCGACCAUUCGAUCAUCAUGUAUUUGAUCGAUAAAAGAGGUGAUUUUGUCGCGUUCUACGGGAAGAAUUACGAAGCGCGGCCGAUGGCGAUGAACAUUCUUGAACACAUCUCUUCUGUUUCCAACGACCAAAAGUAG